GAAAUAUUAAUGAAAAAGCAAUCAGUAUCCACAACUGCAACGCUUCCAAUACCUUUUUUUAAAGUGUAUUUCAAAAUUCACUAUCACACUCAACCAGGAAAAGCAAUUUACAUAGUAGGAGAUUGCAAUAUGCUUGGGAAUUGGGAGUCUACAAAAGGAUUACGUCUUUAAUGGAAUGAAGUAUUAUAUGAAUGAUAAUUUGUGAAAGAAUGAUGAAUGGACAAUUUGCAUAAAAAUAGAUAGAUCGAAAUAUUCUAAGAUCGAGUACAAAUUCAUAGUUAAUAAUUAUGAUUAUACUACUUUGGAUGAUACAAUAUGGGAACCUGGAGAAAAUAGAGUUAUCACUAAUCAUAUGAUUUUGAAUGAAACAAAGUCUGAAUAUUUUAAUUGUAUUUACUAUAAUUAAUUAUUAAAGGUGAAUAUUGGGGGUAUCGAACAAUUAAAUUGAAAUUAAAUUACAAUUUACCUGAAAAACAAAGAAUGAUGGUUAUUGGUAGUAUAGAGCAAUUGGGUUAAUGGAUUCAUCCCGUACUUAUGAAAUAAUAAUCUAAAGUUGACAUAUGUAAUUUUUGAUUCAGUAAAAUUAGUAAAUGGCGAACCUGUGUAACAAUGGUCUAUUUCUUUUAUUGUAGAUUCAAUGAAUUUUUCAUUUAGAUAUUUUUAUGUAAUAAGAAAUGAUGAAACAGGUUCUAUGAUAUGGGAAAGAGGUAAUGGAAGAUAUUUAAAAUCAAGUGAUCUCAGAUCUUUUCGAUAAGUUUAAGAUCAAUAUGCUAAAUCUCCUAUUAAAAUUAAAACUUAACUGCUAACUGCAUGCUAAAAUUAUAGAUUCCUUAAAAAAAAAAAUGGAUCGUUUUGUUCAGAAAAAUAAUAAAAAUUUAAAAAAGAAACAAGUAUGGGUUAUUCAUUUUCAGAUAAAGAACCAUCUUUUUUUUAUUAUGAAUCUUUUGGUAGAUUAAAUAAAUUAGAUUGGAAUUUCGUUGUUUAAUUUUCUAUAACACAAAUUAAUGAAAAUAUUAUUAUUGGUCCUUAUCCAUAAAAUGAAUAAGAUAUACUCAUCUUAAGAAAUUAUGGAAUAAAAGCUGUUCUUAAUUUAUAAACAAGAUUGGAUGUAUAUCAUAGAGGAGUGGAUUGGGAUGAAAUUUUAUCAAGUUAUAGAAAACAUAAUAUUUUUAUGAAGAAUUUUGAAAUUUUUGAUAUGGAUCCUCAAGAUUUUGAAAAAAAAAUAUCAAAAGCUGUUUAAAUUCUUAAAAAAUUAAUUAACCAUCAUGAAUUAGUAUAUAUUCAUUGCACUUCAGGAAUUGGAAGAGCACCUUCACUUGUAGUUAUUUAUUUAUCAUCUGUAUUGUAAUUUCCAUUAAAUGAAGCAAUAACAUUCGUUAAAAACAAGAGAGAGCAAUUUUAUAUUAAUUUUAGUAUUUUAUUUCUAUAGAUUAAUAGAUAUGUUGAAAAGAUCUCUUUAAAAAACUAUGAUUUAUAACAAUGGUUUAGGUUAUGAAGAGAUCCAAGAAGUUAAAGAAUUUCAAAUAUAAAGCUCUGGAAAAAUUUAUAAAUAAUAAUUUGAUUAUAAAAUAUUAUAUUGA